UAGCUAUAGCCAUCCUAACUUCAGUUUGGCCGUGUCAACAUUUUUUUCCAAGCUAUUUUGAUUGUAGAGCUUUUAUUGACUGAAUUGUCUGUCAGUAAUACAUUUAAAUCAAAAAAGUAUUAUUCUCGAUUUGUUAGUUUGCUUGUUAAAUAACGUUGAUUUCGUUAUACAUUCUAGCGUUGGGAUGAACAACAGGGGCUAUCGCACAAGAAUAGGUAGUUAACAAUAAGUUGUGUCUAUCCUUGUUUACCAUGCUGCUAACGUUUGCGAUGUUGAUUCCCAGUCCUCAGGUAGCACAACGUGCGUGAAAAACAUAUGUAUGCUGUCCUUUUCACACCAGUGAACUUGUGGCUGUAUCGUCCAAAUAAUAAUGUAGCCUAGAUAGUACAUCGGUUUGGUAUGACUUGGUUAGAUCACAGUUUCAGACAUUUAUGCUCCAUUAGAAUCUAGUUCCACAAUCCCCUACUUGGCAAGAUCGCUGUAGACAUAAUGAAUAUGUAUAAGACAGGUGAGGAGGUGUUAAAGAAAGCCUUGCUUUUUAGCAGACGCAGGCCUCUCUUGGCGCAACUGGGGAAUUUACUCCAGAGGGAGCAGACCCAUAUUAAAACGCCAGAGUUCAGACCAGCGUCUUCCUGGAGCUGCAUUCCUGUAGUAGGACAUGCUGUUAGCAGAGUAAGGUACUAUUCUCAGGACCACUUCAGUACACCUGUAGGGCAAUCUUUGGACUUGCAAAAUCCCUCAGACCCACAAUCACUACCAGAGCACCCAAACCCCAACCAGUCGAAGAAGAACCUAUUUUUCCGGCAGCUGGACGGAUGCUCCUCUCCCAGUGAUGUGCUGGACUUCGUCACUCACAAAACACAGACGCAGCGGCGUGUCAGCAAUAGCCUAACACGCAUUUGGACCACCACCAAGAAAAUGUCUGAUGACCAGCGGCGCUACGAGCUGAAGCUGAUGUUUGAACAUCAGGGCUUUGAGAAACUCUGUCAGGGGGUGAUCAAGGAGGCUGCAAAGAUGAAGCCUGAGGAUACGGCUCACAGCCUACUGGCUCUGGUCAGGCUUGGUGUGCCUCAACGCAGCAGAGUGGUACAGACCCUCCUAAGAGUCAUUCAGGAAAACCUGAACCAUUUUGAUGAGCGGUCUCUUUCGGUUCUUGCUGGAGCUUUAGAAGGAAUGGACUCACUGCAGAAUGUUGAGGCACUUAAGCAAGGAAUCAGGUUGAGGCUGGAGAAUGAUAUCUCCCUGAUCCAGAACAUACUUCCACUUCAGUCAAUGAUGCGAGCAGUAGGGAAGGACAGCUCAGAUAAACUGAAAAAGAAAUUAGAGAAAAAGGCCCUGGACAUGUCAAAUGAUUUCACACUUCCCAAUGCAGAGUACAUGCUUGCCUCAAUGGCCACCAUGGGACUUCACUCAAGGCCGCUGUUGGAAAUUUGCUGUCAAAAGAUAGAGGAAAAUCUUCAAGGGAUUCCAUUCUCCAAACUCAUGAUGACACUGAAGGCAUGUCACGAUCUGCGCUACAGAAACGAUGCACUGCUAUUAUCCAUGGCUGAGUUUAUCAGCACCAGCUGUGCCAUGUGGUCCAGUAAACAGGUUAUUCUGCUCCUUUUGGAAUUUGAGAAGAUGCAUUUUCACCCAGUCAACUUAAUGGAUCUGUUAGCUGAGCGAGUCAUCCAGAAUCCCAACGCCCUCACGCUUCCAGAUGUCCUCAGUAUCUUGAAAGUCUUCUCUCUCCUGAACCACGACCUGGGGGAGCAGAGACAACAGUUCCUUGAUGGCAUCACACAUGCUGUGGAGGCCUAUCUAGACAGGCUUCACCCAGGCAAUCUUCUGAGGGCUGUCCACAGCUUGUGCAUGAUUGAGCACUUCCCUGUUCUCCCAAUGGAGAGACUCCUGCAGAAGGCCACACUGGAUCAGCUCUUCAGUCAGAGCACUGACAAACAGCCAAUCAGAGGUCUGGAACAGAUGCUGCAUGCUGUGGAUGUCUGCCUGCGACUGGACCAAACUGCUCUUCCUCGUCCCCUGUCUGUCCCUCCCAUCCUGGGUGACCUGCCACCCCCACAACACCAGCCCACGCCCCUGGGGCUGCUCAGCAUGUUGAAAAGCAUGGUGGGAGUGGAAACCAUAGAAGAGGACAUGGUGGUGGAGAAGAUCUAUCAUAUAGAUUUUGUGAUCACUCUCUCACCUGAAACUUCUGAAGGAGAUAAACCUCUUCAGGACAAGACUCCUCCCCGAAGGCUGGCAGUGCUCUGUGCCCCCUCCUCUGCUUUCUGUUUUGGAGGCACCCAUCCGCGUGGCAGACUGGCCAUGCAGUUACGCCACCUGAGAAUCCUGGGCUACUCCCCUGUGCUGUUGCCUGUGCAAGAGUGGGUCUCACUACCAGAGGAGAAGAGGGCUGAGAUGCUGAAGAGGCUGCUGUUGCCUGAACGUGACGAGGCAGGAGUGGAGAACACUGCCCUUGCGCAUACAGGGGAGGAGUGAGGUGCCCCAGGGGUCAGUGAGAGCAAGACUGGGUUCUGUGAGACUCGGCUGGGACGCGUUAUACAGCGACCUGGCUCAUCUUCUCCUGCACACGUGGCACAAGAGGUGCUGUCUGAUGAAGCAGCAUCAUCUUGGAGAUCUUAAAGAUGAUGACACGUCAUCAGUUUGUGUAUCUCAAUAUAUCUGUGUUGCCUUCAGAAACAGUCAUUACAACUAUUAGCAGCGAACACAUCUCUAUGGUUUGGAAGAGAACUCUCUUAAGAUCUACAGAUUAAGUGCUCUUUUAAAACCUAAAUAGUGUAUGGUGAAGUGUUGCUUGGAAUUGUGAUGGCAAGUUAUUAUACACUUUGUUAUUGAGACAUACACUUACACACUAUUGGGUAUACAACACGAAUGAUUGCACACUGAAAACAAACCAGAUUUUCUGGAUUAAAGGGUGAUGAAACCAUUUCAUAA